AUGUCGGACUCAUUACCCUCACCAAGCACAACUCCAGAUGGCUUAGAACCGCGAUUUUCUCUCCCUCUCACGACACCUCGUUCUAGCAAAACGUCGUUGGCCAUUGGUGGUGUCACUAUAUACGUCUAUGGACUAGAGGAGUUGAAGCAAAAGUCUGGGGUGGACGUGGCUGUUUUGUACCUUGCUCAUAACCGAACGAGAACAUAUCUCGUGACAGAAGGCAUCGCGCAUGAGAUUUUGCAUAGGUACAGAUCUGAUGGCAGGAAGAAAAAAGUUGAGAUGAUUGCCAUCACGAUGAACAUGAGGAACCAUGGCGAUCGCGAGGUCAGUCCAGAAGCAAAUUUGACCUGGUCGGGUGGUAAUGAAAACCAUGCCGUCGACUUGAUAUCUAUGAUAUCCGGGGCAACGCAAGACUUCAAGCUUGUUCUCGAUUUUUUGCCAGCAUAUUUCCCCCAGUUCAAUCGCUUGCACAAUAUUAUGCUCGGCGUCUCAUUAGGCGCCCAUACGGCUUGGCGCAUGGCAUCAACUGCGCCCGGCCAAUUUGACGCCUUUGCAAUGGUUGUUGGUUGCCCAAACUUGACAUCUCUCCUCCUGGAGCGUCUAGGAAUCGACGCUUCAGCGAUUGGUGUCAGUGGAGAAGAGCUAGAGACCGUCAGUUAUGAAAGACUGGAGAAGGUGAUGAACGAGUCGCAACGGCGUCGAUGGCCACGUGCAUUGGCAGAAUUUGUCCGUGAGGGCGACAAGAAGAUAUAUGAAGAAUUUCCCAGCGAUGUACCUUUGUUUAUGUGUAACGGGGAGUACGAUAAACUGGUACCCGCACGAUAUACAACAUCAUGGUUGGAAAGGAGAAAUGCCAUGCUGAAACGAACCACGUCUGGACAUAGCAAGGCCAGGUUGUUCAUACAAGAGAAUACAGGGCAUAGCUGCACGAAAGAGAUGGUUGCGAUGCUUGCCGAUUGGCUAGGCGAUUUAUAUAAAUUGUAG